AUGUCAGGUCCCAGAGCAGAGCGUUUCUCUCUGAACCCGACGACAGGUGAACUGCGUUCCUCCUCUCCUCUGAGUCACUCUGACAGAGCUGAGUACAGCUUCACUGUGACCGCCACUGACCGAGGCCAGCCAUCUCACAGCGCUACCUGUACACUACACAUACAGCCCAUAACUCAGGUCCUGAGUGCGAGCAGAGCUCCUUCCAAAGCCAACUCCCUCUCCAUAUACUUAAACUCCGUCGAGGAGGCCAAACCGGGCUCUGUGAUUGGCUCUGUGAAGUCACAUGAUAGCUUAGAACUCCUUGAGGCUAGUCAGGUGACCUAUACGGUGGUGGGCGGGUCAGACCGAGACGGAACGUUCAUGGUGGACCGUCAGACAGGUGACGUGUACCUGGCAAGGGAGCUGGACUACGAGCGAUCUGCCCGCUACACACUACAGAUAGAGGUGGACGACUUCUCCAUGACAUUACCCAGCAGCCACCUGGUGCAGCUGGACAUCGAGGUGAAGGACAGCAACGACCACGCACCCUACUUCCCGGAGGACCCCGUUACCAUGGUGAUACCUGAGAACAUGGAGCCUGGGGCAUCCAUCUACACCUUCCAGGCCUCGGACCAGGAUGGAUCAGGACCCAACAGCCUGCUGACCUACUCCAUCCUGCACCAGUACCCUGACCUCCCUGACAUCCUCACCCUUCACCCUUCCACUGGCGUCCUGACCCUGACGCAGGAACUGGACCAUGAAGUUACUUCCUCCCUCAUCCUGGUCGUACAGGCGACAGACUCCGCCCUGAACGGCAGCCAGCGGCGCUGGGGCUCCGUGACAGCGAGGGUUGUUUAG